UGAGCAGUGCUAACAGUGCUAAAAGUGCUAAGCUAAAAGGCUAGAAGUGCUAAGCUAACUGAACUAAGUGGAUUACUGAACUAAGUGGCUAACUGAACUGAGUGGCGUGCUGAAUUGAACUGAACUGAACUGAACCUACCAAAAAUAAAAGGAGGAAAAAGAAAAAGUUGUUUGGUUUCUGAGUGGUAUCCAGUUGGGACCCUUCAGGUGGACUCGAUCCUUUUCAAGUGGGGAAAAUGCAGACGUUAAGGACUUAACUUAACAGUAAAAAAUGGAUAACUUGACAGUAAAAAACCGCAAGACCGGGGAACUGGAAAGUCUGAAUAACCAGGAGAGGAAAAACCAGGAGCUUUCAGCUGGAACAGCAGGAGCAAUAAACUGGAAUCCUGGGAAAGGAAGACAAUCAACUAAAGAUACAUGAAAACAGAAGAGUAUUACCAUCUCGCCUGAAAUCAACCUGCGGAUUGAAUUUAACAUGGCGGAUCAAGCUACUGGCAAAUCAGUAGAACAACUCAAGGUGGCGCGAACCACAGCAAAAAGAUUGUUUACACGUCUGAUCAACAGCAUUACCAGGACUCAUGAGGACAUGUCUGAAGAGGAGGUCAGAGACAGUUUCAAUAAGCUUAAAAUUGAAGCUGAGAAAGUCAUGGGAGUGAAUGAAGAUGUUGAGAUGAUGCUGGAUUCAUUGCUGAACUGGAGGCGGAGCUGGAUACAGAUACUGUAUUGACUGAACAGCAAAAUGCUGACCUAGAGAGGACUUUCAAUGAGUGUGACAUGAAAGUAAAGGAGACCAGAAGUCUGAUUCAGCAAGCACUUUGGGUCAACUUUGGGAGAAGUGAAUUGUCAACAGCAUUACAGGCAGCAGAGAGCGAGUGUGACCGUGCUGCUGCUGUUGGUAACCAGGAGGCAUAUGAAUUCAUGCUUAACCACCUGCAAGGACUGGUAAAGACCGCAAAGGAGGUGCACAGUCGGUGGAAACUAUGGAUCCCCAAAAGUGAGCAAGAGGACUUUCAGGGCCAGUUAAAAGGACUUCAACUCCUCCAUCCAAAGUUGGUCUCCAGAAAGGCGGACUACAUACAGGCUAGGAGAAAGGAGGAUGCUGAAAGAUCACUUGGGGCCAUGACUUCAAACUACCCCAUGCCAGCCACCAUCAGACUGAAACCUACUGCCCUUCCAAAGUUCACUGGAAAUAAACGUGACUUCCACAGGUGGAAAAAAGACUGGGAAGCACUCCAGAAGCAGGGUGAGCCGACCGGUUCAAGGGAGGUGAAAAAGUUUCAACUAUUGGACAGUCUGGAUGGCAAAGUCACGAGAGACCUUCACCUUACCACCUAUAUCACUGCAGGUGAUAUUUUCCGAGUCCUAGAGAACCGCUACGGCAAUCAAAUUGCUAUUGCCAUUGAAAUAGUGGAGGAGUUGCAGAGAAUGCCAGCUGUCAGAAGUCAUCAGCCACGGAAAAUAGUGGAAUUAAUCCAAGCUGUGGAGAAGGCGCUUCAAGAUUUGAACGAUCUUGGAGACACAGGCGCAAUCAGAAAACCUCUGGUAACAAAGUCAAUUGAAAGCAAACUUCCAGAAACUCUGAAGAAGGAGUGGCUAGUCUAUGUCACUGACAGGACAAAUGCAGUGGCACCAGAGAAUCGAUUUGACAAUCUCCUGACAUUCCUCAAAGGGCAAGAAAGCAUAUAUGAGCAGCUCGAGCAACUGAAGGAUGAGAAGCCAAGUAGAAAAGAGACCAGUUGGGAGCCAAGACAUGCAAGAACCAAGUCUACCAAAUCAGACGAUGACCAUUUAGGGUGUGUAGUCUGUGGUGAUGGAAAGCAUAAGAAGAAGCUCUACUUUUGCAGACAAUUUCGCGCACUGAAGCUGGGCGAGAAAAAGGCUGCAGUAAGAAAGUUGGGAGCAUGCAGAAUGUAUCUUGAGGUUCAUGAUGACUCUUCAUACUGCAAAACUGACUUUCUGUGUAAAAACCAAGGCUGCAAAGAUGGGCAUGCUCCUGGGCAUUACUACUACCUGUGCCCCAAUGCUGAGGUGAAAAGAAACAGCAUGAGUCAGAAAAGUCACAGAUAUGGCCCAGAGGGGGAGAAAGCCAGGAGGAAAUAUACAGAUAAUCAAGAGGAGUUCUUCAACAAACUUUGACCAGAAUUAGCAAAACAAUGUCGGGACGUUUUUUUCCAACACUGCUUCAAGAGCCUUCAGCACUGUACAAGAUCAACCAAGCCUUCUGGUGGACUGGAAGAGCUACCAGUAAUUAUGAUGCUUCUCGAGGUCACAGCUAAUGCUGGACAAAAAAUCGGAACAUCAAUUGAUUUGGCUUCAGACACAAAUUAUAUAACCCACGAGGCUGCAAGCAGACUGAACCUCAGGAGCGAAGAAAUGACUCUCGUCGUCCAUGGAGUUGGAGGGAUGAAGGUUCGUGUGGAGACAAGACGAUAUCUUCUGAAGGUCAGAGUAAAGAUUCCCCAGGGCACUCUUAAACCCCAUCAAUUGGUUUGCUAUGGACUGGACAGCAUUGCAAAUAUCCACAAAAAUGUGACACCGGAGCAGCUGCACAAAUUCUUCCCAGACUUACCACUUGAUGAACUUGUGAGACCCAAAGCAAUAAAUUUGCUCAUAAGUCAUAGAGAAGGUCAACUAGCACCACAAAGAACCAAAGCUGUUGGAAAUCUCGUACUGUGGGACGGACCACUUGGAAAGACGGUCGGCGGAACGCAUCCAGACCUCUUUGAGGAACUCACUGUGUCAGCCCACAUGUCCAAGACACACUUUGCAAGGUCAAUGAGAGCAGCGGCUGUAAAGUACGAGGAGCUCACUAGCAGGACACCAGUAAGACUUCUACCAGGCAGACAGGUUGCCACCAAGCUUCAGGAGUCAAGUACUUCAACCACCAAUAAGGACUUCCUUGAGUGGUGGAAAUGGGACAGUAUUGGUGCAGCAUGUGAGCCAAAAUGUGGGGGUUGUCGCUGUGGAAAAUGCCAGCCAGGUGGCAAAGAAAUGACUCUUGCUGAGGAGAGGGAACUCGAAAUAGUAAAGGAAGGCCUCACCUAUGUCACAGGUGAUAACCACAGCGAGGAACCACAUUGGCACUCCCGAUAUCCUUGGUUAGAGGAUCCAGCCUCUCUGCCGAACAAUAAAAGAACAGUCGAGGCUAUGUUUCUCAGGACGGAAAGACAGCUAGCCAAGGAACCAGAGUGGAGGGUUGCCUAUGCCGCUCAAGUGCAUGACAUGGUUGACCGAAGAGCUGCAAUCAAACUGUCCAAGGACGCAAUAGACAGCUGGAAUGGGCCAAUGUGGUAUGUGAGUCACCUUAUAGCUCCUAACCCACACUCUGUCACAACCCCAGUAAGACUUGUGUGGAACAGCAGUCAGAAGUUCAGAGGUGUGAGCUUGAAUGACCUGCUAAUGAAAGGUCCAGAUGUCCUCAACCAGAUUUGUGCUGUCCUUCUCAGAUUCAGGUGUGGAGUACAUGCUGCCCUGGGUGACAUAAAAAAGAUGUACAACUCUGUUUGGUUGGAGGACCAGGAAGUACACCUUCAUAGAUUCCUCUGGCGAGACUCGGAGGAUGAAGAGCUGGAAGAAUAUGCAAUCACGAGAGUAAACAUCGGAGACAAACCGGCAGGGUGCAGCACAGCUAGCAAUGCGCGAGACUGCUAACCUCACUCCUUUCACCCACCUCAACGAGGAGCGUCAGGUGCUACAAGAAGACAGCUACGUUGAUAACAUUCUCACAUCCCACAAUGAUCUGGACCAGCUAAAAACCAUCACAGCAAAUGUAAAGCAGAUCUUGAAAGCUGGAUGUUUUGAGCUCAAGCCGUGGGUCUUUUCUGGGCAAGGUGGGAGGAUGGGUUGGAAGGACAAGUUGGAGAGGACCAAGGCGAAGACCAUGGUCCUGCCAAACCAAAUGAGCGAUGAUGACAAUAAGGCGCUCGGCCUGGGCUACAUGGUCGAAGAGGACAAGCUCCAUGUCAUGAUCGCAAUCAAUUUCUCGAAGAGAAAGAAAAAGAUGAGAAUUGGCCAGGACCUUCAUCAAGGACAAGUCAGAGAUCAGAUACCAAAUCCCCUGACGCGAAGAGAACUGCUCAGCCAAGUUUCAGGGCUCUUUGACCCAGUCGGCCUGGUAACUCCUGCUAAGCAAAAGGGAGCUAUUCUGGUGCGAAGGGCGUUCCAAGAGGCAAAGAGCGAAAGAUGUCCAGUCAAAGACACAUGGGACACAGCACUCUCAGACGACCUCAGGGAGGAUGCAAUUAAGCUAUUCGAAGGGUACAUCCAACUUGGCAAAGUCAUGUUCACCAGAGCACUAACGCCUCCAUGCUACAUUGAGAAACCUUGGGCAAUCACGUUCUCCGAUGGAAGCGAGCAUACCUAUGGAGCAGUGAUGUACCUAAGGUGGAAUUCAGACCAGGGCCCAGUCGUUAGGCUGGUGGAGUCUAAAGCAAAAUUAACUCCCUUGGACUGCAAAGGUGAUGCUGUCAAGGCAGGGUUUGUGGAGCUGUGUUUGCCUCACGGUUAAGAAGGUACUUUGAGCUACACAGCCGAAUCCAAGUUGAGCGGUGGUACCAUUUGAUCGACAGCCAAACAGUCCUUGGUGCAGUACAGCGAGAAAGCUAUGGCUAUCAAACAUUCUUUGCAAAUCGGAUUGGAGAAAUUCAAAACGGCACAAGGAUCCAAGACUGGUGGUGGAUCCCUGGUCCGCAAAAUAUUGCUGAUAUAAUCACCAGAGGAGCCAACCCUCAAGACCUGGAUGAGGACUCAGAGUGGCAAAAUGGACCAAAGUUUGCCAGUGAAUGAGUGGCCAAUCAAAUCGGCUAAGGAACUAGCAACCGCUGCCAGAGAAAGCAUUAACAAGUUGCAAAAGAAAGCAUUUGUUGCUGCACUAACGAGAGCCGAGGCAAAGGAAGCGGAACAAAAUCAGAACCAGGCACAAACUGAACAAAGGAGACCACCUGCAGGGUCAGCCAUCUGAUGCCUUGUCGAUGUCAAGAGGUUCAGCAGUUUAACCCGACUUGUCAAAGCGAUUGCAUGGAUCUGGAGAGCAGCAAAAAAGUUCAUUGGACAAAAGAAAGCCCUGAAGAGUUCAAAGUGGGAGGCAGUUUCUUUAGCAGGAGUUGUCUCAAUAAGAGAACGAGAAGAUGCCCAGAGAGACAUCUUUCUUGCAGCACAAGAGGGCACAACCUUCCCAAGCACCACAACAAACAGACUGGUAGUCUAUAAAGAGAGACUCUGGGCUAUUGGUUUGUGGUGGCAGAGUGCAAAUCUUUAAAGAAGAUCAAGUUGGGGUCCCUAUCUUACCCUAUGACGCAUGGGUGUCCACACUGCUAGCUCGGGAGGCCCACAGUGAAAGUCAUGACGGAGUGGCCGGAACCCUGCUCAAGAUGAGAAGGAGAGCAUGGGUCAUACGGGGAAGGAGGAUGGCCCAAAAAAUUGUUGAUGGGUGCAUGAUCUGCAGGAAGGUAAAAGCAAGGAAAUGUCAACAAGUAAUGGGUGAUUUGCCGCCAGAACGAACAGAACCUGCUGCACCGUUUGAGUUCACAACAGUAGACCUUUUCGGACCAUACCACGUAAGAGAUGACGUAAAGAAAAGAGUGAGACUAAAAGUCUGGGGGGUGGUCUUUUGCUGCAUAGCCAGUAGAGCCAUCCACACAGAGUUAGUAAAUACUCUAUCGACCGAAGGGUUCCUGAUGUCCUACCAAAGGUUCACGGCACUCAGGGGGCACCCAAGAAAGAUCUGGUCAGAUCCAGGCACCAAUUUCAUUGGAGCAAAACCAGUCUUGGAGGAGCUUUACAGAUACCUGGACGGCCUAAACAAUGCAGCUCUUGAGGAGACAGCGGCAAAGAACGGGACAGAGUGGAUGUGGAAAAUCCACCCAGCCGAUUCUCCACACAGGAAUGGUGCUGCGGAAGCUGCUGUACGAAUUGUAAAGAAAGCACUUCAGAGUCUUGGAAAGGAGUCUGAGCUCAGUUAGAGCGAGUUCCAAACAACUCUUCACAUAGCAGCCAAUCUGGCAAAUGAGCGCCCAAUCGACGCCAGGAUACAGAGCCGGGAAGACUGUAUUCAAUAUAUCACACCCAACACGCUCCUUCUUGGCCGGGCAUCUCAAAGUGGUGAUUUCAAAACUUUUGACUUCUCUAGCUACCCCUACAAAAGACUCAGAGCAAUGCAGUCAGAGGUGACCAGGUUCUGGAAGCAUUGGAGCCAGCUCGCUGGUCCCAACCUAUUUGUAAGAGACAAGUGGCACACUGCAGAGAGAAAUGUUGCUGUUGGGGACAUUGUCUGGCUAAGUGACCAAGAUGCACUGAGGGGGCAAUUCAAGCUUGGCAGGGUCAUCAGUACAAAUCCUGACACUAAAGGCAUCGUCGGGGACGUCUACGUCAGAAUCAUUCCAAGCUACCAUGUUCCUGUGACGAAAGCUCCAAAGGCCAGAGCAAAUCAUCCAACGUUGGACAAACAGGAAGGAAAGGCCCAAGCUACCAUCCUUCACAGAGACGUAAGGCGGUUGAUUGUCUUACUACCUGCUGAGGAACAGAUGGAGAGUCAAGUCAGGACAGCAUCUCAAGAUGAUCAAGAGCACCAAACGGGGACCACAAAGUUUGCCUUUUUAAGCUGGCAAUCUGCCCAGUGGUUCCAUGGGAAGAUCGAGUGGGAGGUGUCAAGUCAAACGGGUUUUCUUUUAUGUAGAGAGAAACAAUAUAGAUAACUGAAAGGAAUUUAAACUAAUGGUAAAUAAAAUAAUAAAUGAAGCCGUUAGUAAAGGGAUUGAUACUGACUGUGUGAGUGUUCGGAGGGAAAGCAGGGCGGAACCAAUCUGCCUGGAGGUAUAUAACUAGAGACGCAGUAACACACGGGGUCGCAGAAAAUACGGUCCGAAAAUUGGACAAGGAAGUACCGUCGAGAUCGUAUCGUGUGGAGAUCUGCGGCCGUCACUGCAUGACUGACGAGUCGGAAAGGUCUGGAGAGGCAGCCGAUGUUUCACAGGGUCGGUGUGAAGGAGGGGGAUCUGUUCCAGCCCACUUAUGUUUACCCUGAGGAGGUGAAAAUGUUGAUGCGUUCAGUCUUCCCACAGGACAUCUGUGACUACCCCGACCCCUGCCAUGAUCAGGCGAGUAUGAGCACCUUUCACAACUCAUUUAG